GCCAGGAUCCUGAAACUUGCGGAGAUUAACAGCAGCCGACUGUUGUUGUUGUUUUUUUAAAGCAUUGGCGUUUUUAAAGCAACACGCAUGGAUUUAUUAGUAUUAUCUCAUUUUUGACCCCCGUUGCCAUUAUUGGGAGCACGAAUCCCCUCUCCGGGGCUGUCAACCGAGCAAGGAGGAUGACAUGUCCGAUAGAAGUUGGUGGCGACGGCUGUUGCUGAACGAGGUCGCUGUUUGCCCAAAGGAAAGCCUCCCAGAGCCGCCUCAACUUUACCAAACGCCUCGGUAGCAAAAAGUGCACGCUCGGUUAAUAGAAUCUCGUUUCAUCGCAUAAUCGACAAGUGUCGAAUGGAUAUUUGAAAAAUAACGUGCACGGACGAGUCGUCCACGCGAACGGCCAUGGAGCAAGCGCAAGGACCAUCUGAAUAAACUGAGCAUUCGACUUGUUCAGCGGCUCCAUUGGAAAGCCUGCACCACGUUCCUCCAGUGUCACAUCCACAAUGGACAUCUUUCCUCGGCCCAGUGGAGAGAUCCAGCGGAGAAACCCCCAGCAUGACUUUGAGCUCAUCCAGAGGGUCGGAAGCGGCACCUAUGGGGACGUCUACAAGGCUCGCAACAUCCAAACCGGAGAGCUGACUGCCGUUAAGAUCAUCAAACUGGAAGCAGGGGACGACUUUUCCAUCAUCCAGCAGGAAAUCUUCAUGGUGAAAGAAUGCAUGCACCACAACAUUGUGGCCUACUUCGGGAGCUACCUCUGUCGAGAGAAGCUUUGGAUCUGCAUGGAGUACUGCGGCGGGGGGUCCCUGCAGGACAUUUAUCACGUGACAGGUCCUCUGUCGGAGAUGCAGAUUGCGUACGUCUGCCGAGAGACUUUACAGGGUUUGGGAUACCUGCACACCAAGGGCAAGAUGCACCGUGACAUUAAGGGCGCCAACAUACUUUUGACAAAUGACGGAGACGUCAAGUUGGCCGAUUUUGGCGUCGCUGCAAAAAUAACAGCCACUAUCGCCAAAAGAAAGUCCUUCAUCGGGACACCUUACUGGAUGGCUCCGGAAGUGGCGGCGGUAGAGAAGAAUGGCGGCUAUAACCAGCUGUGUGACAUCUGGGCAGUGGGCAUCACAUCUAUCGAGCUGGCCGAGUUGCAGCCCCCCAUGUUUGAUCUGCACCCGAUGAGAGCCUUGUUUCUUAUGUCAAAGAGCAGUUUCCAGCCACCCAAGCUAAAAGACAAAAACAAAUGGUCCGCUGCUUUCCACAACUUUGUUAAAGUGUCCCUGACCAAGAACCCCAAGAAGAGGCCCACAGCAGAAAAACUCCUUUCACAUGUGUUCGUGGCGCAGACGGGCUUGACGAGGCGGCUGGCCGUCGACCUCAUGGACAAGAUGAACAACCCUGACAACCAUCAGCAUUACAGUGAAGCGGAUGACGACGACAUUGAGCCUCUCUCCGUGGUUCGACACACCAUCCGUUCCACCAAUAAGCAUGCUCGGGCUGAGAGGACGCGCUCUGAGAUGGCCUCAAACAAUGGGACAGAGCGAAGAGGGCCACAAUCCCCUCAAGGGAAGCAAAAAGUCGACAAGCUGCAGUUCGAACCGCCGCUGCGGAAGGAAACCGAAGCCCAUUCAGAAAUGGAUGUGAGUAAAGAUAAUGACUUCCCGUCCCCAUGGAGCCCCUUUGCUGAGGGAGGAAUAACAGCCAGGAGUCUCCUCAAAAGCGUUGAGGACGAGUUGUUCCAACGGGGACACGUCGCUCACCUCCAGGACGCCUUGGAAGAAGUGGAACUAUCCACACUCAAACCAGGGUAUCCUCCCCCUCGGCCACCAAAGCCUCGCUUGCACAGCCCCUCUGAGGAGGCAGGCCCCAACGACGAGCGCUCGCUGACGGUGCGACGCUUCCCAAAUGUGGAAAACGGUCCGGGCCAGGCGGCGCGACGCCGGAGCACGCCAGAACACGGCAACAAGGUCGGGAGCUCUUCACCGGACUACCUCUCGGUCAGCGUCAGCAGCCCUGGCCUCCUGUCACACACCUCGGAUCAAGACGACGACUCAGACGAAAGUGUGAAUGGCGACGGUCCCAAGCCGGCACCCAACCGCGCGCAUCGGAGGCUCAAAAAAGAUUAUCCCAAACCUGCCAUCAACGGUUUACCGCCCACGCCCAAAGUGCUGAUGGGCGCUUGUUUCUCUAAAGUGUUUGACGGGUGUCCACUGAAGAUCAACUGCGCCACAUCCUGGAUCCAUCCAGACACCAAAGACCAGUACCUGAUCUUUGGGACAGAGGACGGCAUCUAUACGCUUAAUUUGAACGAGCUACAUGAGGCUACCAUGGAGCAGCUGUUCCCCAGGAAGUGCACGUGGCUGUACGUUAUCAACAACAACCUGAUGUCUUUGUCCGGGAAAAACUUCCAGCUGUACUCCCACAACCUCAUUGGGCUCUUUGAGCAGCUGAAGAAACCAGGCUUGGCCGCGCAGUUUCAGACACACCGCUUCCCCGACAAGAUUCUGCCCAGGAGGUUUGCCUUGACGACCAAGAUCCCCGACACAAAGGGCUGUCACAAGUGCUGCAUCGUGAGGAACCCCUACACAGGCCACAAGUACUUGUGCGGUGCGCUGCAGUCCGGCAUUGUCCUCCUUCAGUGGUAUGAGCCCAUGCAGAGGUUUAUGCUCAUCAAGCACUUUGACUUCCCGCUCCCCAGCCCGCUGAAAGUGUUCGAGAUGCUGGUGGUGCCUGAGCAAGAGUACCCGCUGCUUUGCGUGGCCAUCAGCCAGGGUGCUGAGCCCGGACAGGUGGUGCGCUUCGAGACCAUCAAUCUCAACUCCUGCUCUUCAUGGUUCACCGAGAUAGGAACCAGUAAUCAGCAGGUGGAUGCUAUCCAUGUUACCCAGCUAGAAAGAGACACCGUAUUGGUGUGUUUGGACCAAAAUUUGAAGAUUGUCAACCUUCAAGGCAAAUUGAAGUCCAAUAAGAAGCUGGCAUCCGAACUCAGUUUUGACUUUGGUAUCGGAUCAGUUGUGUGCCUCCAGGAUAGCGUUUUGGCCUUCUGGAAGCACGGAAUGCAGGGCAAGAGCUUCAAAUCCAACGAGGUGACGCAGGAGAUCUGCGACCCGAGCAGAGUUUUCCGUCUCCUUGGAUCUGACAGGGUGGUGGUUCUGGAGAGUCGGCCCACGGAUAACCCGACAGCGCUCAGCAACCUCUACAUCCUAGCAGGUCAUGAGAACAGUUACUGAUCCACAAGGUGGAACCAGAGCGGCUUUUUAAAAAAAUUUUUUUUGAUUGAAGAGGAGCUGACCGACCACUCAGUUCUACAGACUUACAAGGAAGCUCCAAAAUUGGAACUUUUUCUUUUUGUAUAUUGUACAUUUUAUAUCCGCUUAUUAUGAGGUGCCACAAGUGCCAUUAAAAGCCGGUGACUAGCUUUUUGGGAGACCGUUAAUGCCCGAGGCUUGGUGCUUCUGCGGUCCAACUGGAGCAGAGCGCCACAACCACCUGAGCCACACACGGGUUAUUUAAGCAAUAUUUAUUAUUAUUCUGAACAUUAACUCAUUGGUUGCCUUUGACAGUGAUAGAUGAACCAAAGUUGCUCUACCAAUUAACUGUUUUUACAUUUUACUCAGAAACUUUGCAUUUCACCACUGAUAACACUAAGACUAAAGAAAACUUAAACAAACUUCCUACUGUUAUUACAGUUUUAUUCUUUGUAAAUUAAAUCAUUAGAUGCCAUUGAUGGCGAUAGACGUCCAAUACAUUUGGACCGGGCAACCUGCGAGCACCUCCCAGUCCAAAUUAAUUGGACAUAUAUCACUGUCAAUGGCAUUGAAACACGAUCAUUCACCUUUUGGUUAUUGUAUUAGCUGAAGUUUUAUUUUGGAGAUAUUUUAACAUGUAAUUAAUUGUCAAUGUAAUUACAUAGUAAUAACUUGGUAAUAAUGCAAACUAAAAAAAAAUUUAUUUUAAAAACCUAAACCAACACAAGCCAUAAUAUGAUUCAAUGCCAGCCAACCCAGUUAAUAUGGAUUUGAUGUCUAUCGCUGUCAAUGGCAGUGAAUGAGUUAACCUGGGUAUGUCAGACUAACUAAUCAGCAACCUUCCGAGCAGCUUUUGGGUUUUUUGCGUUGUAACAUAAUCACAUCCUUUUUACACCAUGAAUAUAUUGUACAAAUGUUCCCCCUCAACCCUCUUUAAUGCUUUCAUUUAAGUCAUUCACUGCCAUUAAACAUCAAUGGUAGCCAGUGAGUUCUUAUUUGCACCGUGUAAGCACUUUUUACAUUUUUUUUGUGUGUAAUUUAAAACGACAACAUGAGGGACGAUGCACGCUUCUGUUAACACCUUUGCAUUCCCUUUGCAAAAUGUUUUAAUCCGUACUUUUUUUUUUUUAAUAAUAAAAAAAAAGCUGUGGUAAACAUGCUGUCAUGUUGUGCGUGUGUGGCGAGUGUUGAUGAGACUGACGCGUGGGUAUUAGUUUCCGUUAAUUCCCCCGUUUAGGGUGCCACUCCUCUACCAACGCCCCCGAAGAGUGCUAAUUGGUCUCGAUGUGACACAACCUUUUGGAAUAUUCACACAUCCUCCUCCGACGAAAAAGGUCCGUAAAAAGUCCAAUGGAGUUGUUGAGUUGAUUUGUUUAGUCUGCUUUUAAAUGUGUUCAUUGUUCCAGCUUUCAGGCGGACCGAUCCACUGAAUCCUUUUUUUUUUCUCCUCCCUGGCUGUUGCUACGGCGACCGGCUGGCAGACCAGGAAGAUGUGUCAAGCUGGGUGUGUUUUGGUUCGUUAAAAGACGAUAAAUUGAGAGGAAGCUACCUCACCUUCAAAGUAAAGGACAAUCAGUACUCUUUAAUUUGUGGAGUUGAAAUUUGAGU